CGGAUGGCCGGAGCCAGUGGAUUGAGUUAGUAAGUCUCGAUGCCAGGUCUUGACGGGACCUGCCAUAGCUUUUGGCAACUAAGCUCGCUGGUCGACAAACUGCCGUCUAAAACAUUAAGCGGCGAGACCCUCCAGCCCUAGAUGUGAUGAUAUGGUCGCACUGUUGGCCGAAGAAUAGAGUCGCAACCGAGGACGACAAUGGCGAAGCCUGGGUCUCCGCCUUCGAAACACACGCGCAAGCGGAGGAGGAGUUGGCAGACCCUUCCUGUAGUCGUUUUCGCCAUCACACUGUUGUUUGGAUUGUGGCAGGUUUUCUUCGUGCACCGUUUCCGCUUCCCCCUGCAUGCACAGCUCCCUCGACUGUCACAGGGUGGUGCGGUUCCUGGGUUCUUGAGCGAUUUCAACACGUACAGCGAAUCCGAGGUGCAAGUUCGCAGGCUGCUCGAGGAGGUCAUCAGCAGGGUGGUUCGCGGGAACGACCGCCUUCCUGAAGAGUCGCUGAUUCCUGAGCUUCAACGAUUGCUGGGUGAGUUGAACCAGACUACGGGUGAUGCUCAUGGUGUGCCUUGUGCCGGUGGGAUAGAAAACGGCGCAGGGAAUCUUACCUCCUGCAGCACCGAGAGUAUUUCGAAGAUCUCAGAGAAGUUGGAGACCAGGUUAGCGGAGAAGUUCCGAUCAACGGAGGAGAAACUGAAGCAUGAGCUCCAGGUGAUUAAAUCCGAGAAUGAGAGGCUUAAAAAGCAGUUUGUGAAUCAUCUUAUCGAGAAUCCUGCAUGGAAAACAUUGAAGGACCUGUCUAAGGAAGGCAUCCUUAGGUUUUUAUCCGACAUUCCAGACCGGGGGCUCGUACAAGGUCCACCGCAGUUUCACGAAUUUCCAUCUGCGCAAUCUCGUGAACGGCAUCUGUGCUUCCUUGGCAAUGACACCAGCAAUGGCACUCGGAACUCAUACAUGUACGCGUGGCGAGACGCGCUGCCAAAAGAUCACAUUUUCCUCACAGGUACUACUCUCAUUUCCGAGACGAAUUAUGACUUCGAAAAUCCGUGGCACUCCAUGUACAAUUUGGUUCAGUUCACAUGGUGGAAGCAGGCAAACCAGUGCGCGCGCGCAGAUCGGCUGCUGCUGUACCAUUGGAGUGAACUGCGCCGACACUUGGGCGGCUGGAUCUCAGAGGUUUUCAGUGCUGCUGGUCUACCCACUGUACCUUACCGAAUGGAAAUCGGUGAUCGGCCGGUAUGCUUCCAAAAAGCAGUCGUCUCGCGGUCUGGAAUUGGAGGUGUUCCGCAAGAAACUCUGCAAGGGCUCUACAAAGAAGUUCGGUGCGUCGUUCGUCGCCAUUGCAAGAUCCCCUUAAAAAGCUUUGAACGGAGUAAGAUUGAACGCGUGCGCAUCACGUUGGUAGUUCGAAGUCGAACUCGAGAGUGGAAGAAUCAGACGGAAUGGGAGGAAGUGAUUGCUCGUGAGUGCGCUCAAGUCAAAGGUUGUGUGUGGAGCUCUAUGGUUGUCUCGAACAUCACAUUCUGUGAACAGGCGUCAAUCAUGGGUCAAACAGAUAUCCUGGUAUCUGUACACGGCGCACAACUUACCAACAUGAUAUUCAUGAGCCCAGGCGGCAGGGUUCUGGAAAUGUUUCCCAAAGGGUGGUUGGAGUUGGCUGGACAUGGACAGUUCAUAUACAAGCAUCUGGCCUCGUGGGUAGGCCUUAAGCAUGAGGGCUACUGGCGUGAUUUGGAUCACUCGGAUUGUCCAUAUGGCAAUGACUGGAACCGGUGCAUGACGUAUUACAAAGAUUUGCCGGUUGGUAUCAAUGCCACUAUCGCCUCCAACUGGUUGAGAAGUGUGAUUACUAGCUUCAGUUCCAAUCAAUUGGAAAAUAUAACACCAGCUGACGGGCAAGCGAAGCCCGGCGCUGACCAAGUUGAGUGGGACACGGACAAAUGUGCUUGCACAAGUCAACAAAGGUGAUUGUAGAGUUCUGAAGGUACACCGGGCAGUUGCAUCUGCUUGUAUCUCCUAUACCGAGAAGCUGCUAGAAUUCUUCGUCCGAUUCGAUAGAGAACGAUGCAUUCUUCUGGACAGGACAGUCGAUUUUUUCUAGUCAGGAUCUGUAAAUGAUUGCAGGUAUUUGUACCCUUUACUUGCGAUCUCGAGGACUAGUUCAUGCUAGCAUCUGUUGAUGCCACAUUUAUUUUUUACGUCCUCAAUAGCAUGACGUGCAAGAGUGACAGUGAUCUGAGCUAAAUUAGCUUUAGUAUUUGGCAAAAGCAGAGCUACAGCUUAUUACUAAUGUCGAGGUGAGACUGGUGGUAAAAUUUUGGUAUGGAACACUGAUUUCCAUCAUGUAUGCGUCAAAGGAUUCUGUAGGUCGCACGAUUGUAAGUGCACGUUCUUACAUUUGGAAUGAGCACACGAUAAUACGAGAACGUGGUUAAACCAUA